GAUUGCAGUUUUGUUAUGCGCGUGCAUUGAACGUUUACGUUGGGCCGCGUGAACGGCGCGAGGAAAAACAAAAAACAAUGGAGGUGACGAGCUCGAACUUUCAGGACGUGCUGGACGAGCUGGAGGGCGUCUUGAAGGACGCCACUUUUCUCAGUAUCGACGGCGAGUUCACGGGUCUUAAUUCGGGUCCGGAUACGGGACCCUUCGACACGCCGGCUCAAUAUUACGCCAAGCUGCGAACGGGCUCGAUGGACUUCCUGCUCGUGCAGUUCGGCCUGUCCGUCUUCACGUACAACUCGGAAACGAACAAAUAUUCUCAGCGCACUUACAACUUUUACGUAUUUCCCAAACCUCUGAAUCGUCAAGCGCCGGACGGCAGGUUCAUGUGCCAGACGUCGUCCAUAGCGUUCCUGGCGAAUCAAGACUUUGACUUCAACAAGCUAUUCAAGCACGGCAUACCGUAUCUCAGUGCCAGUGGUGAGGAAAGGCUGGUCAACCGCCUGGAGGAGAAGCAGAAACUCAAAGAGGAGAGCCAUCCAGAGUCGAUUCCGAUACCGGACAACGACAAGCCUCAGAUAGAAGAGAUAUGUUCUAGAAUAGAGAAUUUUCUUGCCUCGGAUGCGAAAGAAUUGACGAUAGACAGAUGUAAUGGUUUUAUGAGGCGACUGGUGUAUCAGGAGGCACGGCUGCGGUGGCCGAAGAAAGUGAGAGUUGAGAGUAAAAUUGAGAAUACCUGGCACUGCCUUGUGGUGCAGAGGGUAGGCACUAAGGAGCAAGAGGAAGAAAGGGAAAAUGAGAGACGUGAGCAGGAAAAAAUGGAAAUUAAAGAGGCUGUAGGACUCAGCAACCUGAUGAAAAAGAUUGUAGAGUCUGAAAAGAUAAUAGUAGGACAUAAUAUGCUGUUGGAUUUGUGUCACAUUAUACAUCAAUUUUUCACGCCUUUGCCAAGCGACUAUUCGGAAUUCAAGACUUUGAUUCAUGGCCUGUUCCCCAGAUUAUUGGAUACAAAAGUCAUCUGUCAGUCGCAGAAAUUUAAAGAACUCGUGUCGUCGUCAAAUUUGAACAUAUUGUUAGACAUUGUGAGCAAGCCACCCUUUUCCAUUCCCGAUGUUGAGCCUGUGGAGGGACGCAGUUAUUCGGUAUUAAAAGAGAAAUUACACGAGGCAGGAUAUGACGCGUACAUCACUGGAUUGUGCUUUAUCGCAUUGUCCAACUAUCUUGGCACGUUACAAAAUUCCGAGAAUGCUACGGUGUUACCAAAUUCACCAUUGCUUAAUCCUUUCCUCAACAAGCUUCCAAUAGCAAGACUGAAAGAUGUUCCAUACGUGAACUUGGUAGGAAAAGAUCCAAAUCCUAGCAGAGAUCAUGUAUUUCACAUAACAUUCCCUAAAGAAUGGAAACACGCGGAAAUAAUGCAACUCUUCAGUCCAUUUGGGGGCGGAUAUAUUUCAUGGUUAUCCGAUACAUCUGCGUACAUAGGCUUAUAUCGUCGUGAUCAGGCCAGCGCCGCGUUGGCGGCUUUAUGUAAUGGAACUAUUUGCAAAAUACAAAAAUAUACCAAGCACCAAGCCACUUUGCAGACUGCUGUCCCGCCCGACGACCGCAAACGAAAGUUAUCAGCAUCCGAGAACGUGGACGUGAAGGAUGGCGAGAAGUCGACGGCCAACGGCGCGAAGGCACCGGAGAACGACGACGACGAGUGGCAAGUUGUCACGGGUAAACGGCGCAAGAAACGCAAGGAGCAGGUAGCGGCCGACAAGAAGGUUUUCGAAGAGAGCGACGCCUGGAACUAGCCGCGGUGUUUCGGGGGAAAUGAUAUGCAACGAGUGCAUAUACGCGAAUACGUAACAGCGUGGAUACGCGCUGGCUCGGAAAAAGAAAAAAACGGAGAGAGAAACGAAAGAAAAGUAUUUUCAUUUCACCAACCUCCAUUUCUAACCAUUAGACGAAAUGUCAUCGAGAUAUUUAUAAGUGCAUUUACACCCUUAAUAAAUCCUUUAUUUCUGAUAA